UUGACUGCUACUUUACGAGUGGAGGCUGGCUUGAUCGCAGUAUUUAACUGCGGUCAAGCCAGCCGACACAAGGUAGGACACACUCUGAAGUCUGGCUCGAGCAGUCAAAACAUACCCGCGUCCUUGUCAAAAUUCACCGUCAAGUGAUAACAGCGCCCGACGUGCUUCGGAAAGUUUAAAUAUCUAUCAGAAUGGCCCAGGGAAUACCAAGUGAGCUACUGAUGAACACAACCCUAAUAAAUUAUUUGGCGGAAGUGGCAAAAGAUGCAGCACUUUUACAGGGUGUCCUUAUGAGGAUGAAAGAAUCCCCCAACUCAUCAGAGGUGGUGACUUAUGCUCCCUUCACGCUGUUCCCCUCACCUGUGCCAAAACCUAUUUUCCUCCAAGGCAUGGCACUGCAAACUCACUACAACACACUGGUAGAUAAGAUCAGCCAGGAUCCUGACUUCCUGCAAGAGUCUCUUGCCAGCACCAUUGCUGUGGAUGAUUUCACUGCAAGGUUGUUCAAGAUCCACCAGCAGGUCCUUAAAGAAGGAAGAUUGCAGUCAAUUGUGUUGGGUCUGAAUCGAUCAGACUACAUGCUGGAGCAGAAGGAGGAUGGACCAAUGUCUCUAAAACAGAUCGAGAUCAACACCUUUGCUGCUAGUUUUGGAGGCCUCUCCUCACGCAUGCCUGAUGUACACCGACACACCCUUCAGGUGGCUGGCAAGCUGGAAGAGAACCAGCGCAUCAUUGACAACAACCCUGCAGUGGGCCUUGCCAAGGCUGUGGCCAAGGCCUGGGAGCUCUAUGGAUCAAAGCGAGCGGUUGUCAUGUUCUUGGUGGAGGAGAAUCAGAGGAAUAUCUUGGAUCAACGAUUUAUUGAGAAUGAGCUGUGGAAAAGGAAUAUUGCCACCAUACGAAAGCGUUUUGAGGAUGUCUCUGAAUCCGGAAAACUUGAUCAGGACAAGAGACUGUUUGUUGAAUGUCAAGAAGUUGCAGUGGUCUACUUCAGGAAUGGCUACAUGCCUCAGAACUACAAGUCUGAACAGGCCUGGGAUGCUCGCCUGAUGAUGGAGUGCUCUUUGGCUGUGAAGUGUCCAGAUAUCAGCACCCACCUGGCUGGAACUAAGAAGGUCCAGCAGGUGCUUGUGAAGCCCGGUGUUCUGGAACAGUUCUUCCCUGACCAGCUGCAAGUGGUGGAGCAAGUCAGGGCCACCUUUGCUGGCCUUUACACUCUCGACAUGGGAGCAGAAGGCGACAAAACAGUUGCAAUGGCUUUGGCAACACCAGACCAAUUUGUCCUGAAGCCUCAGCGAGAGGGAGGAGGAAACAACAUUCACGGACAAGAGCUCUGUGAGGUUUUGGGCAAAGUGAAGAACAGUGCAGAGAGAAUGGCCUAUAUUCUGAUGGAUAAGAUCCAGCCUGUGCCUACACAGAACUACCUGCUGAGAAGAGGCACGCCCCUCAAAAUCAGUAAUUGUCUCAGUGAGCUGGGCUUCUUUGGAGCCUACGUCAGUCUUUCCUCCUGGCCUUCCAGUCAAAAUGCAGCCCUGCAGUAGCUGAUUGGGCGGAUGACAGACUCUGGAAAAAUCUUUCACAAACCGUCGGUAGUAUCCGCAAAACCCAAGAAAAGAACGGAGAGCAGUGAUGUUCUCUGGGCGUGGCCACGACUUCACAGCUUCGAUCUUUGAAGGAUCAGUAGCAAUGCCGUUGCUAGAAACGACAUGCCCAAGAUAGGUUACAGAGGGACAGCAGAACUGACAUUUAUCCAAAAAUAAUUUAAGUCCCUCUUCCUUUUAAUCUGUCAAGCACUUUAAGAAGGUGCUGCUCAUGUUCCUCCAAUGUUCUCCCAAAAACAAUGACAUCAUCAAGGUACACUAACACUUCCAGCAGAUUCAUAUCACCAACCGUCCUUUCCAUGAUACGCUGAAACGUGGCUGGUGCUCCGCAGAUGCCUUGUGGCAUUCUCUCAAAUUGAUAAAAUCCUGCCGGACAGCUAAAUGCAAUUUUUUUCUUUGUCAGCAUCACAUGAAGGGAUCUAAUAGUUCCCACUUUGGAGAUCAAGCACGCUGAACCAUUUGCUACCACUCAGGCAUGUCAGGGCAUCCUCCACACGUGGGACUGUAUACUGGGCAGGAAUUGUUCUCCUAUUUAAUGUCCUGUAAUCCACUCACAUACGUAUGGUCCCAUUUUUCUUGCGGACCACAACGAUAGGUGACGCAUAGGGGCAUCUAGACUCUGAAAUUAUUCCAGCUUCUUUCAAAUCAUUUAAAUGUUUUCUCACAUCCUCCAAAUCCUUUGGAGGUAAGCGUCUAGAGCAGACAUGCCCAAAGUCUGGCCCCCGGGCCAAAUCCGGCCCGUGUUCAUAUUUCCACUGGCCCGAAGCCUCUGUCAUAAAACCAAUAAUAUGUGGCCCGGCAGUGCAAAAUACACGCGCAAUUUUAUAUUUCACCACAGGAUGGCAGUAAACUUGUGGCUGAACUCUCGCGGGGCCGUUUUGCGCAUGAUCUGUUUUUUGCCCAUUUCUAAAAUGGCAACUGGAAGUAAGAAAAGGAAAGUUGAUAGCGAGGGCCGACGUUUCCAGGACAAAUGGAAGUCUGACUAUUUUUUCACUGAGUUUAGAAACAACUGCGUCUGCCUAAUUUGCCAAGAGACUGUGGCUGUGUUCAAGGAGUUAAAUAUAAAGAGGCACGACCAGACGGAACAUGCUAAUUACGACAAGCUCACUGGGAACGAACGCAGUGAAAAAUUGAAGCAACUGGAAGCUGGUUUAACGGCACAGCAACACUUUUUCACAAGAGCCAGUGAGUCGAAUGAGAAUGCAACAAAGGCAAGCCAUGAGGUGGCAACGCUGAUUGCCAAGCACUGCAAACCUUUUACUGAGGGUGAAUUUAUUAAAGACAGUGUGAUGAAAAUGGUGGAGAACAUUUGUCCUGAGAAAAAGCAACAGUUCACCAAUGUUUGCCUGGCUCGUAGCACUGCGUCACGAAGAGGCGAAGAAGUUUCUUCUGAUAUUAAGAGUCAGUUGGACACAAAAAGGAGUGGAGAUUGAAUUUUUUUUGUGAGCCUGUGACGAAAGCACGGAUGCAUCCGACAGCGCUCAGUUCCUGAUUUUUUUUUUUUAGAGGAGUGGACAGUGAAAUGAACGUGCGUGAAGAGCUACUUGACCUCCAGAGCCUUAAGGACCAAACAAGAGGGAAAGAUGUAUUUGCUUCUGUUUGUUCCGCCGUACAUGACAUAAAAUUAAAGUGGAAUAAAAUCACGGGGACUAUUACGAAUGGCGCACCUGCCAUGGUUGGCGAGCACAGUGGAUUAUCAACCCUAGUGUGUCACAUAGUAAGCGAAGAAGGAGGUAAAGCUAUAAAACUCCAUUGCAUUAUUCACCAAAAAGUUCUAUGUGCCAAACCGUUUCCGUGGAUCUCAGUGACGUUCCAGCCCACCUGCAGCUGGAGCUCAUUGAGCUGCAGUGUGACACGGAGUGUCGCAGCCGGUACCAACAACUCCCUCUUGUCAACUUUUACCAGCAGCUGGAUAAAGACAGGUUCCAAGAGAUUCGUACAUUUGCUAAGAAAAUGUUGAGGUUGUCUGGCUCGACAUACUUGUGUGAGAAGACAUUCUCAGUCAUGAACAUGAAUAAGAACCGCGUGAGGACAAGACGAAGUGACUCCCACCUGUGUGACAUCUUGCGCAUUAAAACCACCGCUUUUGAGCCAGACCUGCCCCAUUUACUGCAGUCGAGAUCUCAGUAGCACCCUUCACAUUAAUGCAAACAUGUUGUUUGUUGAUUCUGAUGUUUGAGUUUGAGUCAAAUUUAAUAAAAAAACUUUAUUUUGCAUUU